CUAUCAAUAACGCCAUUCCUGAUGUCACGUGUUGAGCUUUCUAAGAAUUGUCUGUUGAUUCAGAUUUAAGUCUUUUUCAGUAAUUUAGUGACGAUGCUGAUGCCGUUUAAAAGCGUAUUGCUUUCUGCAAUACGAAAACAUAAUCGUCGACUGUUUUCACGUUCUAAUGCCACCUCAAGUGCAAAGAAAGGUUUAGUUUUAGGCGUGUAUGAGACAAAGUCAGACAGUGAUCGGAUACAUUUCACGGAGUCUGCGGCCGCGAUUGACAGAUCACUCGCUGGAAAGCUGUCAGAACUGCUCUCGUUAUCUGGACCUCCUCUGAAGACAGGAAAGAGCAGGAUCUUUUAUGGUUUACAUCAGGACUUUCCUAGUGUAGUUGUCGUGGGUCUUGGUAAGAGUGAUGCAGGUGUAUGUGGGAGAGAGAACUGGGAUAAUCGUAAGGAAAGCGUCCGUGCUGCGGUGUCAGCGGGCUGCAGGCAGCUCCAGGAUCUGCAGGUUGCUGAAGUCGAGGUGGACCCAUGUGGAGAUGGGCAGUCAGCAGCAGAGGGUGCUGUGCUCGGCCUUUUUGAGUACGACGAUCUCAAAACCAAGAAGAAGAUCCGCGUCACGACUCAACCACAUGGGAGCAGUGUGGACUCUGCAUCAUGGCAGAAAGGUGUUCUGUAUGGGGAAGGCCAGAACCUAGCCAGACGAUUGAUGGAAGCGCCAGCCAAUUACAUGACUCCUACAGUAUUCGCAGACACGAUAGAACAGAAGCUCUCACCCUUUGCAGAUAGAGUUACUGUCCAUAAGAGGCCUCAGUCUUGGAUUGAAAGUGAGCAAAUGGGGGCAUUCCUCAGUGUGUCCAAAGGUUCAGAGGAGCCUCCUGUCUUUUUGGAGCUGCAUUACAAAGGCGCUUUAGACUCUUCGCAACCUCCCCUUGUGCUGGUGGGUAAAGGAAUCACCUUCGACAGUGGUGGAAUCUCUCUGAAGCCAUCAUCAGGCAUGGAUGCCAUGAGAGCAGAUAUGGGCGGAGCUGCCACUGUGUGUUCUGCUAUUGUCACUGCAGCCGCCCUAAAACUACCAGUCAACAUCAUCGGUUUGGCACCAUUGUGCGAAAACAUGCCGAGUGGAAAAGCAAACAAGCCGGGUGAUGUUGUCCGGGCCAAAAAUGGCAAAACCAUCCAGGUCGAUAACACAGAUGCAGAAGGCAGAUUGAUUCUAGCUGAUGCCCUAUGUUAUGCUCAUAAUUUCAGUCCUAGAGCAAUAAUCAAUGCAGCUACACUUACAGGUGCCAUGGAUGUUGCCUUGGGUUCUGCUGCAACAGGAGUGUUCACUAAUUCAGACUGGCUGUGGGAACGACUGCAUAAGGCCAGUAUUGUUACUGGUGACAGGGUGUGGAGGAUGCCGCUGUUUCAGCACUACACCAAACAAAUAAAAGACAGUGCAUUGGCAGACCUGAACAACGUUGGAAAAUACAGCCGUUCUGGAGGUGCCUGUACAGCUGCCGCCUUCCUGAAAGAGUUUGUGACAGCUGAUUGUUGGGCUCAUCUGGACAUCGCGGGUGUGAUGACCAACAAGGAUGAAGUUCCCUACCUGCGGAAAGGAAUGUCUGGAAGACCAACGCGCACUUUGGUGGAACUUGCUGCUCUCUUGGCUUCUGAACAUUAAUGUGUCCUCUUUGUGACUUUUGACCAGGAUGGAUUACAAAUGAAUCCAUCGGUUUCAAUUUGACAGGAUCCGUUAGAAAUAUAUAUUAGCCUUAAAGUACGCUGACUCCUACAAGUCAGUAAAGUCCGAGUUUGGAAAAGUUACUGUGUUUGAAGCACAGUGUCCAAUGGAAACUGCUCAAAGUCACUUUUAGAAACUACCACGGUUUAACUGGAACAGUUGUGUUGCUGAACAUUAAGGUUAGAUACUGAAAGAGAAACCGGUCUGAAGUAUUGCAAUUUAAAUGAUAUUGUUUUAACAGGCUGCUCAAGGUUUGAAGAAUCUUAAAAGUUAUGCAUGCUGAUAUUUUUUUGUACCCACAAAAAAUAAAAAUCAUGACUAUGAA